UGAUCACCAUGCCCCUCUGCGCGCCGGACGAGCGGCACAUGCACCUCCAAACAUUUUUUCUAGUGAUUUUUAAGGGCGAUUUUAUUUAGAGGCGGCGCUUGUUGGCUACGGAGUAAUAGCGUCGUAACGACACUUUUUUUUUUUUUUUUUUUUUUUUUUUUUUUUAGCCUCACCUCUCCACCCCCCCAGUCCCGGUUGAAAGAGUUUGACCAGGGCCGGAGUUGGUUGGAAGGCUACAGGGGGGUCGCUCAUUAAGCUCCCACUAAUAACCAGGAGGGGUGAUCUCGCUCUCUUUUUUUUUUCUUCUUUCUUUCAUUUUUUUCUUUUAUUUAAAUUUUUGUGUGAGGGGGGUUCUACUCAAUAUCGCCUCACACUUGAGAUCUUACAAGCCUUUGGAGAUUUUUUAACCCCCCCUCCCUUGUUCAGCUCUUCAGAUCAUGAACAAACUAUAUGUUGGGAAUUUAAGUCCUUCGGUUACAGUCGAGGACUUGGAGCAGCUCUUCGGGGAGAGGAACCUACCCGCGGCCGAGCAGGUUCUGCUGAAGACCGGCUAUGCUUUUGUGGACUUCCCCGAUCAGAACUCGGCCAUAAAGGCUAUAGAGACUCUCUCUGGUAAAGUUGAAUUGCACGGAAAGCUGAUAGAGGUAGACUACUCUGUUCCCAAAAAGCUAAGGAGUCGGAAGAUCCAGAUCCGGAACAUUCCCCCUCAUCUGCAGUGGGAGGUUUUGGACGGCCUUCUUGCUCAGUAUGGUACUGUAGAGAACGUGGAACAAGUGAACACUGACACAGAAACAGCAGUGGUGAAUGUUACAUACGCAACUAAGGAGGAAGCUAAAGUAGCCAUUGAGAAGCUGACAGGACACCAGUUUGACGACUACUCCCUGAACGUGUCGUACAUCAUGGACACGGAUGCCGCCUCGCCCGUCCAGGCUCCCCGAACGCGGCGCGGGGGACGAUCCUCCCGGGACCAGGGCACCCCGCAGCCCGGCCCGUCGGGGGGCUUCGGUUCGCCCCGCCUCAGACAGCCCGACUUCCCCCUGAGGAUGCUUGUGCCUACUCAGUUUGUGGGAGCCAUCAUAGGCAAAGAGGGCCUGACCAUCAAGAAUGUCACCAAGCAGACGCAGUCCAAGGUGGACAUCCACCGGAAGGAAAACGCUGGCGCAGCAGAGAAACCCAUCACCAUCCAUUCAACACCCGAGGGGUGCUCCUCCGCCUGCCGGAUGAUCCUGGACAUUAUGCAGAAGGAGGCCAACGAGACCAAGACGACGGACGAGAUCCCUCUGAAAAUCCUCGCCCACAACAGCCUGGUGGGUCGGCUGAUCGGGAAGGAGGGCCGCAACCUGAAGAAGAUCGAGGAGGAGACAGGGACCAAGAUAACCAUCUCCUCGUUACAAGACUUAACCAUUUACAACCCUGAGAGGACCAUCACGGUGAAGGGAAGCUUGGAGGCUUGUUGUAAAGCCGAGGUGGAGAUCAUGAACAAGCUGAGGGAAGCCUACGAGAACGAUAUCGCUGCUAUAAACCAACAAGCCAACUUGAUCCCAGGCUUAAACCUGAACGCUCUGGGCAUCUUCUCCUCUGGUCUGCCGGUGCUGCCCCCUGCUGCUGCCGCCGCCGCUGCUGCUGCUGGACCACGCGGUGCAGUGCCCCCUGUGGCAUCAGCAGGAUACAACCCCUUCUUAAGUCACUCUUCACAUCUCAGUGGCCUGUACGGGGUUCCUCCAGCAAGUGCCAUGCCCCACCAGCACUCACAACAGGCUCAAGAACAGGAGGUCGUCUACCUCUUUAUUCCCACUCAGGCAGUCGGGGCCCUGAUUGGCAAGAAGGGCCAGCACAUCAAGCAACUUGCCCACUUUGCAGGAGCUUCCAUCAAGAUCGCCCCAGCCGAGAGCCCGGAUGUUGCUGAGAGAAUGGUUAUUAUUACUGGAACCCCGGAGGCUCAGUUUAAGGCGCAAGGUCGGAUAUUUGGGAAGCUGAAAGAGGAGAACUUCUUCUCAGGAAAGGAGGAGGUCAAACUGGAGACGCACAUCAAGGUUCCCUCAAGCGCAGCCGGCAGAGUCAUCGGCAAAGGUGGCAAGACGGUUAAUGAGCUGCAGAACCUGACGAGCGCAGAGGUCAUUGUGCCGCGGGACCAAAUUCCUGACGAGAACGACGAGGUCUUUGUGAAAAUCAGCGGGCACUUCUUCGCCAGCCAGACUGCCCAGAGGAAGAUCCGGGAGAUCAUUCAGCAGGUCAAACAGCAGGAACAGAAGCACCAGCAGGGCGCCGCCGUGUCACCGCACCACUCCAAGUGACCCGGGCCAGGCAGCUCCAGUGGGCACCAGCCAAUGAAUGUAGCCCUCCCGAACGGACAGAGACUGACCCAGACUGAGGCCGAGGCCGAGGGGGACGCGCAGGGCAGACCAGCAGCGGCGGCACCGGGAUCAAAACCAAAGAACUUCGCUACGGGGGGAAACAAGUGAGAGCCAAAGGCUGUGGGCAUUGUGUGCACUGCCAGCCCUGUGAGAGCAGACAAAGUGGGAGAAAAUAUAAUGAUAAAAAGACCAAAAAAAAAAAAAAAAAAAAACAAGAAAGAGAAGAGAGGUGGAUACUGCAUACAUUUGGGAUUAAAUGUCUUAUGGGUAAUUAAAAAAACAAACAAAAAACAACAGGAAAUGAUAUGUCGCCCUGCAUAACGUUAUCUCUUUAGUUGGACUAACAUAGGCCUAAAAAUACGAACAAAAAAAAAAAAA